UUUUUUUUUCUUCAAAACCAUUGCUCUUAUUUAUCUGCAUUUCAUGCAGUAAAGUAACAAAUCAAAGAGCAGUAAAAGCAACAAAACAGUUAAUUUGUUCCUGUAUUCAAAUUUUAACCAAUUCUCCACCCCUUUAUUUGCCAGCCUGACUGUUGUGUCAUAUGGAAGAGCUCGCUUAUGGUGGAGUUAACCCCUUCUGGGUCCUUCUGUCUGGGUUGAGCCUGUGGUGUCAGCCAGUCUGUCCUACACCUAGUUGAUGCCUGCUGGUCAUGUGAGCGCUCGCUCCACACUAGAGGCACUGGCGGCCACUUCGCUCGUUUGCAACGCCUGCUGUGUGGUUGAGAGCGAGAGAAAGGAAACAGAGAGUUGGCAGAGAGAAAGGAGAGGAAAGAGCGAGAGUCGAUGGUGGUGGCAUAUUGAUCGAUGGUUCGUUAAUUUGAGGGGCUACGAUCGAUCGAUAUCCCCCCUCCCUUCCCCCCUCUGGUGUUCCCGCACAUCGCGAGAGAGUGUGAAUUCCUCCCAGGUGCCCAUGGAAAUAAUCUGCCGUUAUGGUGGGCUUGGAGAGCCUGCUGCCCACCCCAAAGGGUUUCGCUCUCAGGACCUGAAGGAUUUCAUGAGACAAGCUGGAGAAGUGACAUUCGCAGACGCACAUCGGCCCAAGCUCAAUGAAGGGGUUGUUGAGUUUGCCUCUUACAGUGACCUGAAAAAUGCCAUUGAGAAACUGUCUGGAAAGGAAAUCAAUGGCAGGAAAAUCAAACUCAUUGAAGCAGCCAAGAAGAGGUCAAGAAGUCGAUCCAGGUCUGAGAGCUCCUCUCGCUCACGCUCUCGUUCUCGUGGUCGCUCUCCAUCUCGCUCCCCGAGACGCUCCCGCAGCCCCGCUAAGGCCCACGAUCGUUCCCAUUCCCGCUCCCGCAGCGGCUCUCCUGCUGGUGCUGCUUCGUCCCCGACUCCCAAAUCAAAGGAGCCUCCCAAACGCUCUGCCAAGAUGAGCAAGUCUGCCACGCCACCCUCCCCUCUGCCUGCUCAGAGAGCAUCUGUCUCCCGGUCCCGGUCUCGUUCCCGUUCCCGCUCUCGUUCACCUUCUACCGACAGCCAGCGCUAAAAGGCUGUGUUGAAUUUUAAGGGGAAUCAACAGUAGAAACAGCAGCCUGGAGCUCACAUGAAGCCAAGACAGGGUUUUCCUUGUGUCAGCUUUGGGUUUUUCUUUCUAAAUUUUCUUUACUGUCCUUAAGUUUUAGUUGUUUUUUUUUUGUUUUUUUUUUUUUUGUUUUUUUACAUUAAACACAGAUACAUUGUCAGGCAGCAUCAGUGCUGAGUCAGAUGUUUUAUUUUCAUUAUUAGGUGUUUAAAUUAACUUGAAUUGAAGACAGCUGAUUAGGAUGUUUUUAUGUUGUACCCCAUUACUUGUCAGAUAUGGACCCUUAUGUUUGCACCCAUUUGGUUCUUCACCUCCUUUUGUUCUACAUGGAUGCAGGCCUGACGCUGCUCUUCUAUCAUUUCUUUUCACAGACCAAGUAAAUCUUAUUUGACCUGUGAAGUUGUUCAUCUCUACACUGAAUCUCCAAACUGAACAGGGACUCUUGUUUUUCAGCAGUGCUAGCUAGAAUGCUUCUGCUAAGCUGUACGACCACUUUUUGUGAAAUUUUGCUUUUCGAUAGGAGAGUUUUCAACAGCUUUUCACCCUUCUGUCCAUCCCUCAAAAUUAAAACUUUUUAGUAUUUGAAAAUGUUUUUUGUUCUUAAAGCUCAAAUUUAAACUGGCACUGACGGCUUCAGUACUGAGAACACUUCAGUACAGUUGAGCACAUUGUGCCAGGAGUUAAACAGCUAUACGUUAAAGUAAUUUCAUGAAUCUGUUUCUUGCAGUGACUGUUAAAGAUGCUCUGCCCUUUUGAGAAUGAGAUUCUCUUUAAUUUGUGCGUUGCUUUCAGAUUGCAGGUACUCUUGCAUUGUUAUGAGUGUUUCUCUUUUGGUUUAGGCAUUUGUGUACCGACUUUUGUUUUACAUAAGUGUAUAAAUCUAGUUCCAGGAAUACCUGUUGGUACUGUGGCUGUGCUUCAGAUGAACACGUAGACAAGAGUUUGGCAAAUCCAAUGUUUUUGUACAUAAGGAUUUUUAUUUUCAGUGAAAAAUGAUAGAUGUUUGUAUGAUACAGGAAAAUUGUGGAUUCAAAAGCAUUUGAACUAAAUCAUGAUUUUUGUGUUCACCUGUACUUUAUAAUGAAAACCCUACAAAUAAAUUUACAAGUUAUCAACCAACAAUUCAGGAUAUUCUUGAAGCAAAUACUCGCCAUAUCAAAAAUGCCUUAGUAUAAAAUGGCAGGCACAUCUUUUCUGUUUCCAGUAGAGCUGAUAGUGAUGUGAUGAGCACUUGUAAUUUCAUUGUAUCCUGAAUACAAUGACAAUAAAGGCAUCUUAUCUUA